GUAUAGAUUUUUAUGGAAACAUUGGUGCAAAUAAUUUUAUUAUUCGUGAUGAAAGUUAUUAUAAAAGUGUUUUGGAUGAUCAUAUCAAGUUUCUUGAAGACUUUUGUAUUGCUGCAAAUACUUUUUUUCAUGAAGAAUACACUGGAAUAUAUAUUGUUAAUGACGAAAAUCUUUUAGCAAAGUUAAAACAAAAGGCUCUUGAGAUAAAGACAAAAAGAAACAUAAUUGUUACAAGUGAUAAAAAUUUAUCAAAGGAUAUUUACGAAUAUUGUUUAGCUGAAGAAUUACUUCAU